UGCCGGUUUAUUUUUAAGCUUACUGAUAUUAUUUUUAAACGGCUGUAAAACGCGUCUACCUCGCAGCAGCGGUCACCAAACUAGCGGAACCUCCUUUAUUUUUUUUACUUUCUCUGUUCAGUCAGGAUGAAGUAGCUUCCGGGCGACAGGGUACCAGCAGUAAACAUGGCGGAGGAACUGCUGGAAACAGUGGAUAGACUUCAGUCUCGGCUCCUGGAGAAUCCAGAGCCUCGAAAGCUACUAAAGACUUUCAAAAGACUGGGGGAACUCCCCAUGACUGUGGACAUACUGGUGGAAACUGGAGUGGGGAAGACUGUGAAUUCUUUUAGGAAACAUCAAGUAGCUGGAGAGGUGGCAAAAAACCUUGUAGCCAAAUGGAAGAAACUGGUUCCACAAUCUGCAGACAGACCCACCAACAGCCACGUCAAAGAGGCAUCGCGGGCACACACACACUCUCGGGGCCAAGAGGCAGGUGGUGGAGGAGGACACAGACGCACCCGGGAGCCCUCCCCUGAGGAGGAGCCCUCCUACUUGGAAGAGGAAGAGGAGGAGGAAGAGGAGGAGGAGAGAGGCUAUCACACGAACUACUCGCCCUCACCUCCUCAACACGUGCAGUAUACCCCUCCACAGCGACGAGGCUACGAGUUGGACGAGUACGAGAGCCCUGAGCCUGAGCCUGAGCCUGAGCCUGAGCCUGAACCUAGUCCCCCGCCUCCUCGCAAAGAGAUCCGCCACGCCAAACCAAACAAAGAACCCAACAAAAACCAUGACCACGUUGACAGAAACAGGGACAGAGACGAGGAACGGCGGCAGCGCCAUGCACAGAUGAGUAGCGAUCGAGGAGGAGGAGGCGUUGGUGAAGGAAAGAAACGCAGCGCGGACAGAGAGAAUCCAGCACAAAAGGCUGCAAAGCACAGCAGGAAGUCUACCACACAUGAGAGUAAGAGGGAGGAGAAGAAGAAAGGAGGAGAUGACGGGCGACCGCGGGCGCCGAAGGACUCUCCACCCAAAGAGGAGGAGGAAGCCUUCGAGACCCCCACUAUGUCCUUUGAGUCUUUUCUAACAUAUGACGCCCCGGCUGUCAAGAAGAAGAAGAAGCCAUCAUCAUCAUCGUCCUCAUCACACAGUCGACCGUCUCACUCCACGUCGUCCUCCCACCGUACACGCACCCCUCCUCCGCCGCCCGCGCCCUCCUCUUCCUCUAAAGCGAGCAAGGCUAACGGCACUCAGAGUACCAAGAGGCCACAUUCAGGCUCCAGUUCAGCAGCAGCGACACCAGAAAAACGCAAGAGGGUGGUUGAGGCCAUUACGACUCUCCCUGAAAUCCCUCUGCCAGCGAUUCAACCCAAUUACAGACCCCUGCCCUCCAUCGACGUCACACCGCUGUCCCCGCAGAGACGGAAAGUUCCUGCCUGUAACGACGAGGAGGACGCCGGGUUCACAGGGAAGCGAUUCAACUCCAAGAUGGUGGUCUACUCAGGAUCCAAGACCGCGUACUUGCCCAGGAUGAUGACUUUGUACGAGCAGUGCAUACGGGUGCUGCAGAACAACAUUGAUUCCAUCGCUGAGGUCGGAGGAGUGCCGUUUGAGAUCCUGGAACCGGUGCUGGAGCGAUGUACACCUGAGCAGCUGUAUCGCAUCGAGCAGAGCAACCAGUGGUUUACUGAGGAAUCUGACGAGCUGUGGAUGCGUCACUGUAAACGGGACUUUAAGCGGGAGACUCCUCAGGAGUACGAGUCGUGGAGGGAGAUGUAUCUGAGGCUGCACGACGAGCGCGAGGAACGACUGAGGCUGCUCACCCAGAACAUCUCCUCCGCUCACGCCAACAAGCCGAAAGGUCGGCAGGUUAAGAUGGCGUUUGUGAAUUCUGUCGCCAAGCCGCCGCGUGACGUUCGCCGUCGGCAGGAGAGGUUUGGCACCAGUAGUGGUUUGUCCACAGCCGCCUCCACCACCGCUGCAGCUCCCAUCAA